UUCUUAAUAUUGUGUACAUUUGUGUUGUUAAAAUAUUAUCCCAUCAAAUGUGCGUAAAGGUACAGUGGCUGAACUUCGUUGUUAAUUGUCUUUGUGUAUGGGAUUCGUGGUUAGAUGUUAUGAAAAUAUAUGAAUUUAUUCAUCCAGAGUGUAUUUUUGAUAAAUAUAACAGAUCUCUUCUCCAGAAUGUAUAUUAUAUAGAGUCUCAAAUAUUCUAAACAAGAAUACAGUGAAUAUAGACAACAGAGAACAUCUUACAUACUUUUGUUCAACAGAACUGACAACUUGUUUCUCAAAGAAGAGCAUAAUAUAGACUUGUAAAUGGAAUUAUGGACGAAAACGAGGGUGAAUUUAAGUUUCUACGUAUAUCAUUAUCAAAUUCCAUCUUAACAUGAAUCACAAACUAGACUCCAAAGUAUGAAUUUUCAAGCGAUGAAUGAUGAAUACAAUUCCAACAACGCGUUAUGUAUCGUUGUUUUCCGUGUUGCCAAAAUAUCUUUUAACAAUACAGAGUGAAGUUAGCAAAUCUAACUACGAUAUAUCACGCAUUUGUUUUCCUGCAUCUCUCAAGCAUCUUCUCUAAGUUACAAAAUUUGUAAUAUUAUUAGUGUUGUUCUCUGAAGCAUUGUUCUUAUUGCAAAUUAUGCGUUAACUUUGUCUUCCUUUUACCACAAAAUUCAUUAAUUAUAUAUUAGACUAUGCAACAGCCUUAUAUUCAAUUUCAUAAUUAGAUGAAUUAAUAAGUGACGGUUGAAUUCCGUUUCUUUUCAAGCAGUAUUAUUCAGUGCUUGUAUAUAAGAGACCGCAAGAAAGGAUCACACAUAUGUUGAACUGUGCUAAUAUUUAGCUCAGCCUAUAUCGUUCGUGAAUGGGAUUUCCUCAGUGAACUGAUUACGUCUCAAGAGUAACAAUUUAUCACAAACUGGAAGAAGAAACACUAGAACAUACUACGAAGGGACAAUAAAUAUUGGAACAGUUUAUAUCACUUGUGAUUAAGGAAGUCUUAUUGCUGUGGACUCGAAGUGGUGGUCAAUAAUUUGUUUUGGUGAACGAACACUAAGUUGUGAUUUCAAACAUGGCGGCGCCAUCUGAAGCAUUGAAAUUGUGUCUGUCUGGUGCAGUGCUACUGUUCUUGGCGCCAUGGACUGCCUCUUCUCUUCCCCCUGUCAUCCGAGUUGGGGCCAUCUUUACAGAAGAUCAGAAGGGCAGCAGCGCUGAGCUAGCCUUCAAGUACGCGGUGUACCGAAUCAACAAGGACACGAGCCUCCUGCCCAACACGACGCUCGUGUAUGACAUGAUGUAUGUACCUCGUGACGACAGCUUCAGAACCUCCAAAAAAGCGUGCAGACAGAUGCAGUUCGGCAUCCAGGCAUUCUUCGGGCCAUCGGACCCGCUGUUGGGGGCGCACAUUCAGUCCAUCUGUGAGGCUCUGGAUAUACCUCACGUAGAGGCGCGGAUAGAUUUCGAACCGACCUUCAAAGAAUUCUCCAUCAACCUACAUCCGUCCCAGGAACACAUGAACCACGCAUUCAGAGAUGUCAUGGCCUUUCUGAAUUGGACGAAGGUUGCCAUAAUCUACGAGGAAGAUUACGGUCUGAUCAAACUUCAGGAUUUGGUGAAGGCUCCUCCAGCAAUGCGCACUGAAAUGUACAUAAGACAAGCCACGCCUGGUACCUACAGGCAGGUGCUCCGUGAGAUAAGGCACAAGGAGAUCUUUAAGCUGAUCGUGGACACAAAUCCACGACAUAUGUACCGGUUCUUCAGGGCAAUCCUGCAACUGCAGAUGAAUGACUACAGAUACCAUUACAUGUUUACAACAUUGGACAUAGAGACUUUCGAUCUGGAGGACUUCAAGUACAACUCCGUUAAUAUCACAGCCUUCCGUCUUGUGGAUUCGGAAGACGCAAGAGUUGUGAGAACGCUGGAUCAAAUACAGCGGUUCCAGCCUGUCGGAUACAACAUCCUCAACAAGAGCCGUGUCAUCCAGGCGGAACCCGCUUUGAUGUACGACUCUGUAUAUGUGUUCGCUAAGGCGUUGGCAGCCGUGGACAGAGGCCAUGUCCUCAGGCCUGCAAACCUCUCUUGCGAGCUGGAACAGCCCUGGAAAGACGGACUGACUCUCUACAAUUACAUAAGUGCCGCCGGCCUACACGGGCUCACUGGUCACAUAGAAUUCAACGAAGGGAAGAGAAGCAACUUCAAACUCGACCUUCUGAAACUGAAGCAAGAAGAAAUCCGGAAAGUUGGGCAGUGGAGCCCAGCCACGGGAAUAAACGUCACGGAUCCCACUGCCUUCUACGAGACGAGUGUUUCCAACAUCACACUCAUCGUAAUGACAAGAGAAGAGAAACCGUACGUGAUGGUGAAAGAAGAGCGGAACUUCACGGGCAACGCGCGAUACGAAGGGUUCUGCAUCGACUUGCUGAAGCUGAUCGCGUCCCAAGUGGGCUUCCACUACGUCAUCCGCCUUGUGCCAGACCAUAUGUAUGGAGUGUACGACCCACACACCAAGGAAUGGAAUGGUAUCGUCAGGGAACUCAUGGAGAAGAGAGCUGAUCUGGCUGUGGCAUCUAUGACAAUCAAUUACGCACGAGAAAGCGUGAUAGAUUUCACAAAACCCUUUAUGAAUCUCGGCAUCGGAAUAUUAUUCAAGGUGCCAACCAGCCAGCCCACCAGACUGUUCAGCUUCAUGAACCCACUGGCAGCAGAAAUCUGGAUCUACGUGUUGGCCGCCUACGUGCUGGUCAGCUUCACCCUGUUCGUCAUGGCUCGUUUCUCACCCUACGAGUGGAACAACCCUCAUCCCUGUCUCGCAGAAUCUGACAUAGUCGAGAAUCAGUUCUCUGUGUCCAACAGUUUCUGGUUCAUCACUGGUACUUUCCUGAGACAAGGGUCUGGAAUCAACCCCAAGAUCUCUGAGAGCAUGCCUAGCCGCCUGUUCUCAUUCCUGAACCCUCUAGCGGUGGAGAUCUGGCUCUACAUGUUCGGAGCCUACAUCGUGGUAUCCUUGACAAUGUGGAUCGUGGCACGGUUCUCACCAUACGAAUGGAGUGCGCCCAACCCUUGUCAUACGGGUGAGGGUGGGGGAUGCGACUGUCCACCCACUAAUACAGUACAGGCAGCACUUCUAGUUACCGAGAAUGACUUCACAUUGGCCAACAGUUUCUGGUUCGCAAUCGGGACCUUAAUGCAGCAGGGAUCAGACCUCAACCCCAAGGCUACCUCAACACGUAUCGUGGGAGGUAUCUGGUGGUUCUUCACGCUCAUCAUCAUCUCGUCCUACACAGCCAACCUGGCCGCCUUCCUCACGGUAGAGAGGAUGAUCACCCCGAUAGAGAACGCGGCGGAUCUUGCACAGCAGACGGAGAUCUCAUAUGGAACCCUGGAGGGUGGUUCUACCAUGACGUUCUUCAGGGACUCUAAAAUCGGUGUCUACCAGAAGAUGUGGAAGUUCAUGGAGAGCAAGAAGCCGUCUGUGUUCGUUUCGACGUAUGAAGAUGGUGUGAAGAGGGUGCUAGAAGGGAACUACGCCUUCCUAAUGGAGUCCACCAUGCUGGACUACGCGGUACAAAGAGACUGCAAUCUUACUCAGAUCGGAGGGCUACUGGACUCGAAGGGAUACGGCAUCGCCACCCCUAAAGGGUCACAAUGGAGAGACAAAAUCUCUCUAGCGAUUCUGGAGUUACAGGAGAAGGGUGUGAUUCAGAUCCUGUAUGAUAAGUGGUGGAAGAACACAGGUGACGUAUGCAACAGGGACGAGAAGAGUAAGGAGUCGAAGGCCAACGCCCUUGGCAUCGAAAAUAUUGGGGGCGUGUUCGUCGUACUCCUUUGUGGUCUUGCACUUGCUAUUCUCGUCGCCAUACUGGAAUUCUGUUGGAAUUCGAAGAAAAAUGCCCAAACUGACCGGCAAUCGUUAUGUUCGGAGAUGGCAGAGGAACUUCGGUUCGCUGUACGGUGUCACGGGUCGCGGCAGAGGCCGGCGCUGAAGAGGACGUGCACGCGUUGUUCCUCUGGCAACACCUACGUUCCCGCAGAGCUAGAGAUACCGCAUAUCAACGGGGAGACGGGAGUUCUUCCAAUGAGCGAGAUGAGGAAAUCGUCGCAGAGCUACGAUCCUGACACCUAGUGACAGGGGCACUCAACUAACUGCGAAGGAUUUAACUGUAUCACGAGAAUCAAAACAAAAGAGAACUUACACGAACGUUUAAAAAUCUCAGAGAGAUUUUACUGUGAUAAAGAAUGUGAUGAUAUUGCAGAUGUUUAUUUAUAAGUAUGGACGUUAUUAACGCAUUUUUAAACGUAUAAGAAUUGUUUAGGAAAUUUGGCGUGAACAGAAUGAACAGUUGUUUGAGAAUUCGGGAAGAUAUACUCGUAUAUGUAAUAACAUCAAAGAGUGUCAUUAAAAAAAGAUUUUAAUACAUGUUUGUAUUGGAUGUGAGUGGAAGAACUUCAUUUGUUGUGGUGGUGACCAAUUUAACAGUCUCGCUGGAAUCUGGCCAUCCGAUGAGGACAAAGAAUUUUUGUGGUAGUAGUGGAUUCAACAACUUCCAGUGAUGUGAGAAAGUGAAGACCCUCCACUAGUCUUUAUAUUGUCACGAGACUAUAAAGUCUAUAGGAACAUAAUUUUUAAACCAUUUUCUAGUUUCUGUCCAUUGAUAUUAAAGCACGAAAUUGAAAUGAUGCGUAGAACAUAGCUUUAAAGUGGUGAUUCAGGUAUUGUUAACAUGAAUGAAACUUUACUUUUCUUGGAACGAAUAAUUUUAAGAUGAGUGAAGACAUGAGAAAAAAACAAGUGCCAUUGUUGUCGCUCUAAUACCCACUUAAUAGCACUACAGCAGUGCUACCAGCUUUCUAAAUCUGGUUCAGUUUGUCAGUGUUAGGACAGCACGGCCUAAAAUAGUAUUAAGAUAUGAACUGUAUGUACUUUUGGUAAAUAACAGGCAAUGUUGCCUGUUAUAAUUUCGAGUGGAAUGUGUUUUUAAAUACAUCUCUACAAAAGAACAAAGUUGUUUCUGUUGUAUCUUCAUUAAGAUUUUUGGUAAGUAAAAUAAAAAAUUAAAGCUAU